CACCCUCCCUCACCACCCACCACCCUCAUUCUUGUCGCCGUGCACGACUCACGGCUGCACGUCCGUUUCGUUUCAAGAGUUGUCGUCGCGUCCACUUGGACGUGUUUCGCCCUCGUUUCGUCCUGUGUUCCCCCCGCGCCCAGCACUUCCCCAGAUUCCCGCACCUCCGCACAUCGCUCUCCACGACCCCUGGGAGACCCAUCGGAGGCCUUGCUACUCCGUACACCUUGCCAGAUACCACCCCGACCUCGCAUCACUCGUGGCCCGCGGCCUGGACGGACAGCGAAUUGUUCGCUCUGUCGGGCGCGCUCCGCCGCCUCUCUCCUUUCCCCGUAAUGCUGGAGACGUAUUGCGCCCAAACAGACGCUGCACACCGGCGACAUGUCUAGCUGGCGACCACUCCCUCAGGUUGCAUACGCAGUCUGCACCUAUCCCUUCCAGCCCUCCGCCCGCGAAGACCUUCCCCUCGAGAUUGGCGACGAAUUGUACAUCAUUGAGCAGGGUGGAAAGGAUGGCGCCUGGUACCGUGGAUACCUGCUUGCUGCGCCCUCAUUGCUGGCCGGCCUCACCAGUGCCAAGGGACAACCACUGGAAGCUCGUGUCUUUUCCGGCAUCUUCCCACGCGUCUGCGUUCGUGUCCUCGAAUUCCUGUUCGAAGGAAGGCACACACCCGCCCUACCCGACACUCCGGAGAGGAGCCCCGGCUCCCAUCAAGCUCUCGGUGGCCCCAUAUCCAACGGCGUCAUUACCCCUACAGGGAGCACGAGCACAACCCCACCGUUUGCGCCUGCUAGAGGGACUGCCUCACAUACUCGAGGAAGCUCGCGGUCCGACCGUGGUUCGCAAUUCACCGCCCGCUCAGAACACCCCCAACAGCUCGCCCUUCCCUUGUCGCCCGAGUCCGUGACGUCUCGCGAUCCCAAUGCGCCUCGCCCACCCGCCCCCGUGCCCAUGCUGAAGAUUGGAGACGAAACCCCUACGUCCUAUCAGGAGCCGCUGGUGGAUGAGAUUGCCUCGUGCUUACGGGAAUGGCACUCCACCAAAGUGCAUGAGCUUAUCCUGUCACGGAAGUACGCUCACCUCGACAAGAUGGAGACACUCGUGCGGAAAUUAGAUACCACUCGACGCCAGCUAUUAAACAAGCAACUCACAGCGAAGGAGUUGGACAAGGUACGCGAAGGUACCGUCUGGGAUCUCGUGGCCGGGAACAAGGUGUUUUGCGAGGAAGUCAUAGUGCGGAGUCCGUCUCAACGUGGCCGCAUCUUAACAAGUGACGACUCGGCCAUCGAAGUCACGAAACUCCAAUCCAUAAUGAGUCUGCUGGAUGCCCGUCCAACCCCUCAUGUGGAUGAGCACAUCUUACACCAUCUUUAUGUCAGCAUCAAACAUGUGCUGGGAGAUCUAACACAGGGCUCGCCCCAACUGAGCAUGCACUUAUGCCUGAAGGAACCGGGCGAGAAAGCCAAACCUCUCUCGGAGGUAUAUUCCUUCGAUCUCACGGGGAAGGAUGGAACUCCACUCCAUGUAUCGGGAGACAAGUUGCGCUCACUCUUUGUUGACCUAAGUUCCAGUGAUAUCGGCGAAGGAGCGAGUUCUGGGUCCUGCCUAUACCUGGUUUUCAAGUUGCUGGUUAACGAGCCGCUCCACGUUGAGCCAGCUAAUCCCGAAUCUGCCAAUUCGUCACGAGAAAAGGUACCCACCACCUCAACACUACAAUCGUCGCAGGUCGGAAGUGUCAAAGGGCGGCGUAGUGCAAUGUUUGGUGGCAAACGCAAGGAUUCGCCGUCCAGUGCAUCGACCGAAAAUCGGGCAACCAGUGUAGAUGUAGACCGCACUCAAAGCCAGGAUGGACGUCCCGAUUCGUCGGCUGCCAAGGCAAAACCAUCGUCUCCUCGCGAUCAGAAGGUUAUGAAGCGAGCUGUUGCGAUGGGUGCGCUCCGGGUCGACCCGCUCAUGAGAGCUCUAUCGGAAAGCGACCAGAAUGUCACCAUGUGGACCCCGGCAGACGCUCUUGACGAGGCUCCAGAGGAUGGCCAAGGUUGGGAUGAUAUCCUCCCCGAAUUGUUUCCAAGCCCGAAUGGUCUAUAUAGGAAUCACGCAUCCAUUCACCGCAUCAUACUUCACCUAAAAGCCUUCUCAAACGCAGACUCAGACAGUCUGAUCGAAAAGACGCCCACGCUCCUUCAGAACAUCAAACUGACGCGGAAGAUUGGCUUCUCUGGAGCACCAACAAAGCCUCGGAGCGACAUCUACGUCACCCUUGUCGAACCUUCUCUGCCCAAAAAUGCCUGCCUUUCACAUCCAAAGACUGGCACUGUACCGCUUGCACCGGCUUCGUCCAUGCUAAACCUGCAGUUGACUCUUGAGGUCCGAAAAGCAUCGGGCGACAGAAUUGAGGGGUGUAUCUAUCCGUCCAGCAACAGUGUCGGCCACACCGCCUGGCGCACUACAGCAAUAAAGAGAGGAGAGCAGUGGAAUGCGACCAUUCGACUCGCCAUCCCUCCCGAAGACGUUCCUGGUUCCCACAUUGUCAUGAGCAUAGCUGAUGCUCCAGGCUUCCCUUUCGCCCUGGGCUGGAUGCCCCUUUGGAAUCAGGAUGCCUUUGUCCGGGACGGGGAGCAUUCACUCUCCCUCUAUCGAUAUGACGAAUACACAUCCAGCAUGAUCGCCGGAAAGGGCGCCUACCUCGGCCUCCCAUGGGAAGCGAGAAGAAAAGAUGAGCUGGUCAUGGGCACCCUCGCUACACUCAAUCUGCGGACAUACCUGUGCAGUACGGAAUACUCUCAGGAUCCAACCUUGCUCGGUGUCCUCAGGUGGCGUGACCAAGCCGCCGGAGAUCUAAUUGGACUCCUCAAGAGAUUUCCCUUCGUUGCGGAGAUAGAGUUGGUGAAGCUCUUGAAUGAGGUCUUCGAUGCGUUGUUUGAGAUUCUGGUCGAAUAUGCCGGUAGCGAUGAGUAUGAGGACCUUGUCUUCAAUGCCCUCGUUGUAGUCCUCGGCAUCGUACAUGACCGGCGGUUCAAACUAAGCCCGCUGGUAGACCAGUACGUUCAAACGAAGUUCAACUAUCCUUUUGCUACGGCGUGCUUGGUGCGUAGUUAUAUCCGACUCCUUGCCAACCCGACAGAUCCAGAGUCUUCAAGGCGGCUGAGAGCCACGUUCAAAGUUGGGCGACAGAUUCUUAAAUUCAUCAUGAGCGCUCGGCAGCAGCAGAAGGAAAAGGAAGCGGGGAUCGGUAUAACGACCCGUCAACAAACCUUUGCCAGGGAUAUCCGCUCUAUUUUCCAGGCUUUGGAGGCUCUUAUGGAGAAUCCGUCGCCGGUUUUGAUUGGGACGAAGACGAUUCUCGUGCAGCAGUUCCACACCUGGCUUCCGGAACUCUCGCCCUCCAUACAUCCGACCGACAUUCUGAAGCUGACCUGCAGCUUUGUCGAGUCCUGCUCCACAGCAAAGGGCAAGUUGAUUCUUUACAAAAUUCUGCUCAUCCGUCAUCUCUUCCAUAUGGAUGUUUUCAACUUGCCAGAUAUACGACGGAUUCUCCUCAUGAAUACCGUCAGAUGGCUUGCUCCACACUGGGGUAAGGUGGAUAGUGUGGAUGAUCAAUGGAAGGACCAGGUGCGGCUGUGCUGCUCAGUCGUUGCUUCCCAGGUGGAUGAGCUCGGCGAGCACGCAUGCGCGUAUAUGCCAAAGUUGGUGCACUCUUAUCGCGCACUUCAAGGCGAGCGGGAGAAAGAGAGGGAACGCGAGAGAGGAAGAGGGAAAGAGGGAGACAGAGAAGGGGAUACUACACAGCCGGCAAAGAAGACUCUCUCCCUUCUCUUCCCCACUACGUACCCCUUUCCCUCUCGUCCCACUACCACCGAAGCAAGGAUCGACGAAGCAAUGGUCGAGAUUUCUGCAGUUCUUGCAGCGCUGUCUACGUCACCCACAAUAAUCCAUCCGGACCUACCACAGAGUGAUAUCGCCCCUUUCCUGUCCACAGCUUUACAGGUCUUCACUUCCAUACUCGAUUGCGAGGCCUUCCCCAAAUCCUGGCUCAGUGUCCAUAUCUACCAGCACAAAUCCACCAUAAAAGUGCUGGAGAAGAUAGCGAGUGUUAUGAUUGAUUCGUUCCUCCCCUCCGACCCGGAGGACGUGGAUAAUUUCGACACAGGCCUCUGGCGUUCCUUUUUUGAUGUUCUUUUAAAAUUAGUCGGCAGCGAUGCUCUAGCGCUGGAGACGUUCCCAGAGCAGAAACGGCGUGCGGUUUGGAAGAUCGCCGGGGACGUCCGGCAAAUGGGCGCCGAACUGUUGCAGAGGAGCUGGGAAGCCAUCGGAUGGGAGACAACUGCAGACGAGAAGAAACAAUAUGGCCUGGAUAAAUUGGGCGGUUUCCAAGUCCAAUAUGUUCCAGGCUUGGUUGCGCCAAUCGUCCACCUAUGUCUCAGCGUACAUGAAGGUCUGCGCAGCGUUGCAACUGGCAUCCUGCAGACGAUGAUCAUCAGCGAGUGGACAUUGAACGCUGGCUUAGAGCUGAUCCAGGCCGAGAUGAUUGAUUGCCUAGACGGGAUGUUCAAGUCCAAACACCUCACAGAGGCCGUGCUUCAAAAGCAUUUCAUACAAGAGCUUCUUGACAGGUUCGAACCUGUAUCCCAAGACGCUGACGAUGCGCUCUUCGUCGCUGUCAAGGACCUUAUCGCCACAAUUGAUGAACAGAUGGAUCUCCUCGUCGCCGUACAUAGCACAGAGGCCGUUGGCGAAGUUUUCCAUAUCAUGGAUACGCUCCAUCUGAUGGAAUUCUUGAAAGACAUGCAGAAAGAGGACAUUUAUAUACGAUAUGUCCACCAGCUGGUGGACCUGCAAAAAGAAGCCCAAAACUACACUGAAGCUGGCCUCGCCCUCCGUUUGCAUGCCGAACUCUACGACUGGGAACCAUCGACAAUGCUGGAACCGCUCGCCGACCCCGACUUCCCUGAGCAAAGCGCAUUCGAGAGGAAAGAGCAAUUAUAUUUCCGGAUGAUCGAAUACUAUGAGAAAGGGCAGUCGUGGGAUAACGCUCUCGGGACAUAUAUGGAACUAGCCACGCAGUAUCAGAGCAACGUUUUCGACUUUCCGAAGCUAGCCAGAACUCAGCACGCCAUGGCCUACGUCUAUGAAAAGAUAGCGAAGGGGGAGCGUGCGAAUCCUCGUUACUUUAGAGUUGUUUACAAAGGACUCGGUUUUCCGGCAGGCCUGCGCGACAAACAGUUUAUAUUCGAGGGCUCACCCAAUGAUCGCCUUUCAACCUUCAUUGAUCGCAUGCAACAGCAGCAUCCUACCGCUCAGAUUCUGAAUACUGGGGCUGAAGAUAUCUUGGAAGGCCAGUUUCUACUCAUCUUCCCCGUAUCCCCGCAGAAGGACUUCACCCAUCCCGUUUACCAGCGUGCGAAAGUCGCACAAUCGGUCAGAGACUUCCAUCUCCUUUCGAGGCCGACACAUUUCGCAACCACCUCACGGAUCAAUCGGACGGGUACCGACGGGCAGCAGCACAUCGUUGUAGAAAAGACGGUUUACACAACAGCCGAGGCAUUUCCAACGAUCCUGCGUCGCAGUGAGAUAAUAUCGGUGGUAACGGUAACGCCGAGCCCAUUACAAAACGCUAUCGAUAGGACAUGUCGCAAGACAGCGGAGUUGGCCGCACUCGAAAAGCAGGUUCAGAAUGGCGAGGACGCUGCCAUGACGACCCUCAUAAAGGAUCUCACUGUGGCAGUUGAUACCAGGCAUGAGGCGUGUGUCGCAAACUACCACAGUUUGUUGACCGAACAAGACGAUUCUGAUUUUGUCGACGGAGAGACACUCCCGGUGGAACCGGAUCCUCUGGAGAAUGCUCUGAAAGUGGCCCUGAUAGACUACGCCCUCGUGGUACGGCGUUGCUUAACAAAUCUUCUCAAUAGGCCGGCACAGAAAGCCACCCAGGCUGAUCUGACUCAACGUUUUGACUCAGCAUAUCAACGUGAGUUGACUGUCCUGGCACCGGCAAACCCUACACCGCUUCGAGUCUCACCCCUUGGCUCGCUACGAGGAGGGUCUACGAACUCUCCACUGCGGCAGUUCGGUGGUUCACCUGUAAGCCCUGCCAGCCAAGGAGAUGGAAGCCGGGUGAGAUCGCCUACCCUGAAUGGCUGGACUGCACGCCAGGAGAAGAAACGAUUAAGUAUAGGUCUUGCAUUAGUGAGGAGCGCAUUCACAGACGGGCCUACCGAGCACAAGGCCGAGAACUCUAUUGACAAUCAGCAAUCUAAUGGCUUCGCGGCUGUCGCACCCUCACGGGACCACGAAGAGGACACUUCCAAAGCGGCGAAGCGGCUCAGUCAACACUUUGGCGAGCCUUCUGCCCACCUGACUCCUGUCCGAAGUGGGCGGCGAAGCGAAAGUGUCGAUAGGCGGCCGAACACGAGCAAGAGUAUCAAGAGCGUCAAGAGCGAGAAGUCGGAUAAUCCGAGAAAGAAUAGCGUACGCAAGAGGUUCAGCAUGUUGAAUAUCGGGAAGAAGAGUAGCAAGAAUAGCGUCAAAGCGGCAGAGACACUGACAGAGGAAUAAGAUGAGAAUGGGCAGUGAGCGAGGAGCCCUGGAUUCGUUGACUUUCACUCCUGGGAUUGGCCCAACUUCUACUUUCGUUUGUAACGGUAUAUAUUAUCUCGUCGGAGGAUAUAGAGAAACGAGGGGUUUGGUUCUCUGAUUCCUUCGGCUUCACGGGAAGCGAAGGGGUUGAAUCGUUACGAUUUGCAGCUGGCGCUGGUGGUCGUCUUCUAUGUAUACCCUGGACUUUUGUUAGAUGGUCGACGCAUUUCUGCAUCACGUAUUUGUGGAUAUAGUUGUAAUGGUAGUUGUACAACCCAAACUUGAUACUCGUCAUACAUGGCACAUAUAUGCCAUACCGAGCCGAUAUAGUCUAAUAGC